AUGUCUCUCCCCGUCGAGCAAUUUGUCGUUCCCAGAGGCUCGAUCGUGCUUGUCACGGGUGCUAAUGGCUUCAUUGGAUCUAACAUUGCCGACCAGUUUCUCAAGCUCGGCUAUAGGGUCCGCGGUACUACUCGUAGCCCCGAAAAGCACGCCUGGGUCGGCGCCCUCUUCAGCAAAGAGUACGGCCCAGGAAAUUUCGAGUUGGUGGCUGUGCCGGACAUGAGCACGCAGGGUGCCUUUUACCAAGCUGUCAAGGGUGUCUCGGCUGUCGUCCAUACAGCAUCCAUCUUCACCAUGGACCCGAAUCCUCACAAUGUGAUCCCGGGGACGAUCUUGGGAACAGUCAACGCACUGGAAGCGGCCGCCCGGGAGCCAAGCGUGAAGCGCUUCGUCCUCACAUCUUCUUCCACUGCCGCUUUGAUCCCAAGGCCUAACAACCCCCUGAAGGUCACCACUGAUACAUGGAACGACGAGGCUGUGGAGUUGGCGUAUCGCGACCCGCCCUAUGAGCCGCAGCGCGGGCUCCCUGUAUACGCCGCUAGUAAGGCCUUGUCCGAACGGGAGGCUUGGAAGUUCAUGGACGAGAAGAAGCCUGGUUUCACCCUGAACGCCGUUCUGCCCAACAUCAACUUCGGCGCGAGCCUCGACUCUGUCAACCAAGGUCACCCUUCCACUUCGGCCAUCGUUGCAGAGCUCUUCAAAGGAAAUACCACCUACCUAGGUGGAAUCACGGCUCAGUACUUUGUCGAUGUGCAGGACGACGCCCUGCUGCACUGCGCUGCCGUCCUUCAUCCCGAUGUUCAGUCCGAGCGUGUGUUCGCCUUCGCCGAGCCCGUCAACGGGGACAAAGUUCUGGCUGUUCUCCGUAAGCUCUAUCCCAGCCGCAGCUUUCCCGACAACUUCCGGGCUGAGGAGGAUUUGACCGAUAUUGCGCCCCGUAAGCGAGCUGAGGCUCUAUUGCGCGAUUUGGGCAGGGAGGGAUGGACAAGCUUGGAGGAAAGCAUCAAGGGAAACACGGAAGACCUUGUUUGA